AUGGUAGGCACCAACAUGUUCAUUUGUACACAAGGGCCAUUAACCAGUUCAGCGGAAGACUUUUGGGCUAUGAUUGUUCAAGAAAAAGUAAAGUUAAUCGUUAUGCUGUGCAAAUUCAUUGAAGAAGGAAAAGAAAAAUGCUGUGAAUAUUUUCCAAAAAAUGGAGCAGGAAUUGCUGUAGUUGGAGCAUUCAAAAUAGACGCUUUCGAUAGAGAAGUUAUUCCGGAUGCCGAUGGUGCCACAUAUGGAAGAUUCGAGGUGUCCUUCGCAGGGAAAACGCAUCAGGUUGACCACAUAUGGUACGAAAACUGGGCUGAUCACAUGGCACCAGAUAAUUUCAAAGCGACUGUUGAAUUGAUCCGGCUAGCACGGAAGAAACGGCAGAACGCGCCCGUUGUAGUGCACUGUUCGGCAGGUGUUGGUCGAUCCGCUUGUUUCGUCGCCAUUGAAAUGGCGGCACAUCAUGCUGCAACAAAUUCGUCCUUCAGUAUGGAAACAGUGCUAAAAAAUUUACGAGACCAACGCAUGCACAGUAUUCAAAACGAUAUACAAUAUCUCUACGUAUACCGUGGUCUCGUUGAGUAUCUGAUAGAUCGAGGCGUCACUAAACGGCUUGAUGUUUUGAAGUUUAUAACCGAUUACGAUAAAUUAAUAAAGCGGAAGCAACAAAAGGGUGAGUAG